AUGAAGGUUGGAGUUUUAGUGAAUUUGUGCUUACUAGGAUACUUUUUUAAGGAUGUAUACAGCCAUCGUAUCAGGCAGGAUAGAAGAGCCUCGAGAAAGCUAUUCGGAGGCUAUCGGAUAACGCCGAGAUACUGCAAACCAACUCGUCCACCAUCAAUUCCAUUAGGCGGACCCAACAUCUGCAUGUUCAAUCACGAAUGCAGACAAAAAGAAGGACUGGUAGUCGGAGCUUGCAUGGACGGCUUCCUAUUCGGCGCCUGCUGUCAAUUAAAAGAAGGAUCAAUCGUCGGAGAGUACCUGGAUGAGGAUUCAGUUCCCGGAUACCUCUCUGAGAACCACAUUUCAACGAAAAGGCCGGUUGACAUAACUUCCAUAGGAGUAUCGCAAAUAGCUGAAUCUCUUUUGUAUCCCGAAAGACUCCCGCCAGCUGAUUUUGACACCCAAUUAAAUAAAAAACCGUUUUUAACCUCAAUCAUAACGUCUACAGAAUCAUCGAAACCAGUACAUAUAAGUCAACAUGAUAACGAAAUACUUGAGGAAUAUUUUAGCGAAGGAACGACCUCAAAGUCACCAAUAUUAGGCAUUUCCUUAUCGAACGCCCCUUUAGAGUACACCACUGUAUCUCAAUUCGGCAGACCAAUCUUCAAACCAAAGCCCAUAAAACCAAACGACAACAACUAUAUUAGAGUUCCGACGAUAACGCAUAGUACCAAAAAUAGUACUGAAAAUUACGAUUUAAUUGGUACUAGUCCACCAUUGCUAGGCAGUUCUGAAUUCCAAACAGAUGUAGUAAUAACGUCUCGCAAACCACCAUCUACCUCUUACAUUUUUAGCACCACAUUACCUCCGAGAAGAACUCAAGCUACUACAACGAAAAAGAGACCGAUUACUAAAGCGACUUUGAAACCGUCUACUACAUUUGUGAGCUCUACUACUAAGACUACGUGGGCUUAUGCUCCUAGUGCUUUUGUUACUAGUAUAAAACCACCUUCCACUUCUUAUGUAUAUAGUUCCUUGCCUUCAAGACGACCUCCUGCUUCAACUAUAAGCUCGCAUGUGGUUGGCCCAACUUAUAGCGUCAGUUCCAAUCCUGUGUCAAGUACCUUUUCUACCCCAGCACCUACUAUAAUCGUUUUAGGUCCGCUAUCUACAGAAACUCAAACCGAAAGGCCUCAACCUAGUACUUAUGAACAACCUAGUACUUACGAGCAGUAUCCUGUUAGUAUACAUCGACCAACGGCUCUUCCUAACAAGAAACCCCAAAAACCGUUCAACCACGUUACUAUUAAUCAACAUUUGGUGCAAAAUAUUUACAGUACAACAAAACUGCCUCUUUUUACAGAUGUUUCUACAGAAAGACCAUCUCCUACUAUUCUAAUUACUCCAAAACCUAGCAUUUCAUCUUUUAGACCUCCAGACUACUCGGAUACAGUAGAAGUUGGUACUUUAUCAUCUUCUCCAGAUGAUUUAAUCAAUUUUCCUCCAGUCAGAAACCCGAAUUUAAAUAUGUCGCAUAUUCCUACUCUAACCGAAAACGAUAUCACCACUCCGGGUUUUAUAGAAGACGAUAAUUUGAAUGCCAACGUUGAAUCUUUCGUUAAUCAAAUUAUCGAAGGAUUGCAGGAACCAUUUCAAGGAUUAAGAGACGUUGUUAACAACAACAAAAAUAUUACCAAUCUUCCUAUUGGAACCACAACUAAAAAACCUAUCAAAUCUGGUACAGUAAGUAAAAGGCCCGUGGGAACUACGUUGAGACCUGGCGGUACGAAUACUAGGAUACCUACGACCAGGCCAGCUCAAACUACUACCAAUAAAUCUGGUAAUAGAAGGACGACCACUCCGGGUACGACCAAGAAGCCUAGUAACACCAAUAAGAAGACGAAGCCGACGAAGAAGCCUGCGACAACGUUGCAAUCUUUUAUUGAACAUGUGACUGAUAAUGUGGUGAUCGACCCUGAAGAUUACAGGACAGAAUGCGGCAUUCGUCCAUUGGUUCGUACAGCGAAAAUCGUCGGAGGCAAAGGCGCCAUUUUCGGUGAAUUUCCCUGGCAAGUUUUGGUGCGAGAGUCAACAUGGUUGGGGCUGUUCACCAAAAACAAAUGCGGUGGUGUCCUGAUUAGUCACAAAUACGUCAUGACCGCCGCUCAUUGCCAGCCCGGAUUCUUGGCAUCGUUGGUCGCAGUUUUCGGAGAAUUUGAUAUAUCUGGAGAUCUGGAAAAGAGGAGACCGAUCAGCAGAAACGUCAAAAGGGUCAUCGUCCACCGACAGUACGAUGCGCAGACUUUCGAGAAUGAUUUAGCUCUGCUGGAGCUUGAGCAACCCGUUCAGUUCGAUCAGCAUAUCAUUCCGAUUUGCCUUCCGCGGGACGAAGAGGACUUUACGGGACGAAUGGCGACGGUGACUGGAUGGGGACGGCUCAAGUAUGGCGGCGGUGUGCCGUCGGUGCUUCAAGAAGUUCAAGUACCGAUAAUGGAAAACCCUGUAUGUCAAGAGAUGUUCAGAACCGCUGGUCAUUCUAAAGUUAUAUUGGAUUCAUUUUUGUGCGCUGGAUACGCUAAUGGGCAGAAAGAUUCUUGCGAAGGUGAUUCUGGUGGUCCGCUAGUCCUUCAACGACCGGAUGGAAGGUAUCAACUCGCUGGAACCGUAUCGCACGGUAUAAAGUGCGCCGCUCCUUAUCUACCAGGAGUUUACAUGAGAACCCAAUAUUUUAAACCCUGGAUAACUUCCAUAACCGGAGUUACAUCUCCUUAG